AUGCUGAACUACUCAGACAUCUUUAAUGCAGAAAAGGGGAUGGUGGCUGCCAUCAACAGCACCAGGCUCAAGGACAAGGGCAUGGGCCAGCACCAAAGCGCCUACAACUAUAAGAAUCAGGACUAUGAGGACCUCCGAACAGUGUGUCUCAGGAAGGGGGAACUGUUCGAAGACCCCUUUUUCCCUGCUGAACCCCAGUCUAUAGGCUCCAGGGAUCUGGGCCCCAACUCUCCCCACACGCAGGACAUCUACUGGCAGCGCCCGAAGGAUAUCAUGCAUAAUCCCCAGUUCAUUAUGAAUGAUUUCUCUCCCACGGACAUCUGCCAAGGGAUCCUGGGGGACUGCUGGCUGCUGGCCGCCAUUGGCUCCCUCACCACCUGCCCCAAACUGCUGUACCGUGUGGUGCCCAGAAGCCAGAGCUUCAAGAAGAACUAUGCUGGCAUCUUCCAUUUUCAGCUUUGGCAGUUUGGGCAGUGGUUUAACGUGGUCGUGGACGACCGUCUGCCUACUAAGAACAACAAGCUGGUGUUCGUGCACUCCUCCCAACGCCAGGAGCUCUGGAGCGCCCUGCUGGAGAAGGCUUAUGCCAAGCUGAACGGCUCCUACGAAGCGCUGAAUGGAGGAAGCACUAUGGAGGGCUUGGAAGACUUCACCGGCGGUGUAGCGCAGUGCAUUCGGCUCCAGAACCCCCCUCAGAAUAUGCUAAGUCUCCUCAGGAAAGCCGUGGCGAAGUCUUCCCUCAUGGGCUGUUCCAUCGAAGUCACCAACAACAGUGCCACACAAACGAUGACCCGCAACAAGCUCGUGAGAGGGCACGCUUACGCAGUGACUGGCCUGGAAGAGGUCUACUACAGAGAAAAGUUGGAAACUCUAAUUCGGGUCCAGAAUCCCUGGGGCCGGAUUGAAUGGAACGGAGCCUGGAGUGACAAAGCCAGGGAGUGGGAAGAGGUGAGCACGGACGUUCAGCUACAGCUGCUGCACAAGAAGGAAGAUGGGGAGUUCUGGAUGUCCUAUGAAGACUUCAUGAGCAACUUUACAUUGUUGGAGAUCUGCAACCUCACCCCGGAUGCGCUCUCCCCCCGGGAUUACAAGAGCCGAUGGCACGCGGCCUUCUACGAGGGCAGCUGGCGGAGAGGGAGCACUGCAGGGGGUUGCAGAAACCACCCUGAGACGUUCUGGAGCAACCCCCAGUUUAGGAUCUCUCUCCCAGAAGUGGAUGACCCAGAGAGUGACUCUGAGAGAGACGAAAUGGUUUGCACCUGUCUGGUGGCGCUGAUGCAGAAGAAUUGGAGACAUGCUCGAGAGGGACCCCAGCUGCUCACCAUUGGCUUUGUCAUCUUCUCGGUGCCCAAAGAAUUUCAGAACCUCCAGGACAUCCACCUGAAGAAAGACUUCUUCGUGAAAUACCGGGACCAUGGCUUUUCAGAGAUCUUCACCAACUCGCGGGAGGUGAACAGUCACCUCCGGCUGCCCCCGGGGGAAUACGUCAUCAUCCCCUCCACCUUUGAGCCCCAUAAAGAUGCUGACUUCCUGCUUCGGGUCUUCACGGAGAAACACAGUGAGACCUGGUUGCUGGAUGAAGUCAACCGUGUUGAACAUCUCCAAGAGGAGACUGUCACUGACCAGGAUCUGGACCAGGAUUCUAUACAGUUGUUUGAGAUGGUGGCAAACGGGGCCAACGAAGUCGAUGUGUAUGAGCUACACAAUCUUCUCAACAAGAUGUUUACAAAAUUCAAGAGCUUCAAGAUGACGGGCUUUAGCUUGGAAGUCUGUCGCCGUAUGGUCAACCUCAUGGACAAAGAUGGUUCUGGCAAACUGGGUCUUCCUGAGUUUGUGGUCCUGUGGAAAAAGAUCAAGAAGUGGACAGAGAUCUUCAUUGAUUGUGAUCAGGACCGCUCAGGGAACUUGAACUCCUACGAGAUGCGCUUGGCAAUGGAGAAAGCAGGCAUCAGGAUAAACAACAGAGUGACGGAGGUGAUCGUUGCCAGGUACGCGGAUGACAACAUGAUCGUGGACUUUGACAACUUCAUCAACUGCUUCCUAAGGCUCAAGGCCAUGUUUGCGUUCUUCUUAUCCAUGGACACCAAGAAAACUGGUUCUAUUUGCUUGAAUAUAAACCAGUGGCUGCAAAUAACCAUGUGGGGGUAGGGAGAUGCGGAGCCUGGCUCUCUCCUUCCUCCCUGCGGUGCUCCGGCCAGGAUAGUGGAUCCUCCUAGUCGCUCUCGCUCUCCAGUGCCCCAGCGCAGUGUUUACUCCGUGCCCCUGCCCUGGGCUGACGGGAACUCCAACCCCCACCUCCUACCCCUCCACACUCUAACGCCGUUUUUAGACUAAAAAUUAGGUGGAUUCUCUCCCAGUUUUUCUCUGGCGAUGGCAGCCUUGCAGCUUAGCGUUCCCGAAACUGUCAGCUCACACCCACCCGCUAGCCCGCCCUCCUGUCAGGAAUCCUAUUGCCUCCCUGC